CCGCUGCUUGGUAUUUGCUUCCGCAAUUGCGUGAUUUGGUUAGUAGAUUGUAUCCAAAUGUCUUGUCUCUUGUUUUCUUGCCAUCACUCAUCAAUCCUGCACAUAGUCUCAAUUGAUGAGUGCAUGCUUUAGGGUCAUUCUCAUCUGAUAACCAUUAAAUAAUAAUGUAUUCUUCUUCUACAGGAGAAACCCACGAGAAGGCCUCACGUUGUUAGAAGAUGGAUAUCACCAUCAAUGGCGUUACAGAGACUUGGAUUAAUAAAGAGAGUCCUUCCUCCGACCAAACUCCUCCUCCUUCCACUGCCAUUCAAAAGUUCUGGACUUGGUGUACAGAGUGUAUGGCGUGGUACAGAUUGCAUAGAUGCUUUCUCCACAAAUCGAACACGUGUCGAUCUUGCAACAAGGAGUUCCUCGCGCGUGAGAUACCUCGUCAUGGUCUUUUACCAGGGAAAGACUCAUCUAAAGAUGUUAUGCACAAGAGGGUACUGAUUAAAAGGCUCCUUGGUAUACAGCAGAGCCAUCCAGUUGCAUCCAAUACACGUCCAAGCUUUUGGACCACGUGUAGAAACUGUGGGCAUAGAGAGCGUUUUCUUAAACUGUAUGUGGACAAAUGGUUCGUUUGUGAGAAGUGCCAUGGGGAGACCAUUGCAAUGGAGGUCCUUGCUAGUUCCGGCGAGGUGUUGUUCAACAAAUUGUUCUUGGAGUUGAAACCCGGGCGGAAGAAAAAUUAUUCCUCUGGUUUGAGCUGUGGCGUGAAGGUUGUUGGUGAGAAGAGAAAGAGGGAAGAGGUUGCUGCUUUAUCUCAAAAUCACAGCAAGCCUGUCGACAAUAACAGAAGAGGAUUCAAUGAUAAUGGAGAUGAAGCGUCAAGCUCUGGGAAUGCUAAGGUGGAUGACAACUUUGGUUUAUGUGAUUCAAGUUCAGGAAGUAAUGUAAAACCAAAGAUUGCUGAUCUGAAGUUUAACGACUUUGAUAAGCUGAGGGGAGAAGUGAACUUUGCAGUUGGCCAGGUGUGCGCUCUCUAUGACACAACAGAUAAGGUUCCUAGACAGUAUGCUCUCAUCAGAAAAGUUUCAGUUCCUUCUUUUGGGCUUAGGAUCACAUAUCUAGAGCCGGAUCCUGAUGAUGAGAAAGAGAUCCAAUGGUUUGAAGAAGACUUGCCUGUUUCUGAUGGUAAGUUCAGGCUUGGGAAAAAUCAGAACACUCAAGAGCGUUCGUUAUUCUCACAUGUUAUCCACUGCAACGAAGGAGGAAGCAACUCUGGUCAUUUCACUGUUUCUCCAAGAAAAGGAGAGACCUGGGCUCUAUUCAAGAACUGGGAUAUUAACUGGUCUUCAGAACCAGAUUCUCACCGCAAUUAUGAGUAUAAGUUUGUUGAGAUUUUGUCAGAUUAUUACACUGAUGGAGCUGCUUGCGUAUCUGUUGCUUUAUUGCAUAAAGCAAAAGGCUUUGCAAGUGUCUUCUUUCGGAUGGGAACUGGUGAGGCAGACACAUCUCAGAUUCUACCUCAGAAUAUGUAUCAAUUCUCGCACAUGAUCCCUUCCUUCAAACUGACUGGAACUGAAGCAAAAGGUGUGCCAAAGUAUGCUUAUGAGCUGGACCAAGCUGCGUUACCAGAAAAAAUUGCAGAGGUAACCGUCCCUUCACAUCUAUUAGCCGCUCCAAAGCCUAAACCAAAAGAGCUCAGCUUUACUAUAAAUGGAAAGGUUUUUCGAGCUGGCCAGAUCUGGUCAUACAUCGGAUGUUUUGAUAACAUGCCUAGGAACUACUGUAGGAUCUAUAAGAUCAGUUUGACUCAAGCGUUUGAGCAGGCUCCAAUUUACAAAAUGCACGCGUUCCGGUUUAAGGCUACACCUUUUCCUAAGGAUAUCAUCCCUUGGAAGGAGGAGCGAUAUGGGGAGAAGAAAAUGCCUGUUGGUUGGGGAACUUACUUUUUGACUCAAGGCUCCUUAGCACUCACCCCUGAUCGUUUCUCACAUCUUAUAGUGCCUGGAACCUCCAAGGGAAGCAAUGAAUAUACUAUUCUGCCCAAGAUUGGUGAAGUGUGGGCGAUAUACAGAUUCUGGACUCCUUACCUUAGUGCCGAUGAAAUGGAGAAAAACUACGUGGACUAUGGCAUUGUAGAAGUUCUUGAUGAUGCUUUUGACUAUAAGGUUUUAGCGUUGGAGCCUGCGUUGCAGUUUAAGGAAGAUGUAAGGAAAAAGAGAGUGUUUAGAGCAGCUGAGAGCAAGCCACUUGAUUUUGAUGAUGAUGAUGAUGGGUCGGGAGUGAUCUUUACAAUCCCAAGGUCGAAAAUGCUGAGAUUCUCUCAUCAGAUUGCUGCUUCCCGGGUAGUAAAGGAGAUAGAUGGAGAGUUGAAAGAGCUUUUUGAACUUGAUUCUACAGCAGUACCUGUAUUGUGAGGUUUCAACAGCAUUGAGCAACGGAUGUAGGAGAAAGAUAAGUCCCUUUUGUUAGCUUUUUGGUGCAUUCUGACUCUCAAGGUUUGAUCUUGUUUAAAGACUUUAUCCAAGGUUUAUGGAUGUUUUUCUUUUGUUGGUUCAAAUCUAUGGAAAGUCAUGAAUCUUGAGAUGGUAAUGUAGGAAAAAGAGCAAGUGGUUUAGAUCAGACUGAGAAACUUACUGAACUCUCUCCAUGUUUAGUUAGUUACUAGUCAUUUGAUUCAAUAGUAGGUAGUUCUCUGUUAAGUGUUUAUCAAGCUCUCUCCUUCUUGCAUAUACAGUAUGUGUUUUGAACUGAAGUAAAUCUCAACGUUUGUGUCAUCUCUUAGCAGCUUCUUCAUCUGCACUUCUUAUUAUUAAUCAUGUGAUCUGAUAUAGUUUUACAAAAUUUAGCAACGAAUUAUCAAAUUUACUAGAAAAAAUCCGACCAGCAAAACACAUAUUCAAACUCAAUUUCAGAAACACAAACUAAAGCAUAAAUGAUCAAAAUAUUAUAACGUGUGUUUAAAAAAAAUAAUAAUAAUAAUAUGAAGAUAUAACAUUUUUUUGUUUCCCGCCAUUAGCGGUUGGACUUUUCCCGCUAAAAGAAGAAUGUAUAUUUUAAUUUAGCUACAUUCUCUUGACGACGAAUCAUCUCUCUCUCUUUUCUCGGGCAAACGUCUCCGCCCUUUGUGACAGCUUCUUGCUCCCGCUCCCGCUAUUGUCUGAAUCGGUUAGUAGAUCCAAAGAGAAGAAAGUUAUUAGAUUCUUUGAUGGAUAUCACCAUCAUGAACGAGCUUCACAGAGAGAAAGAAGCUUCAGAGACUUCCACUACAGCUCAAUCAAGUGACCGUUCAAUGGUUUGGACUAUAUGUCCUUUCUGUAGCGUCAGGUACAAAUCCUACAUAAGCCUUCUCAACAAACCCACACGAUGUCAAUCUUGCUACUUGAAGUUCCUUGCUAGCGAGUCUCUUGUCAAAGGCACUACGACAAUGGAUAAAGCAACUCAGACAAGCUUGUCUACCAUAGAGAAAAGUAUGUGCAGUCAAAACCAUAUUACUAGGAGCAAUGUGGUUGCACCGACACCGAAGAGCCAGGUUCAGCCUCAGACUGCAACAUCUAGUCUCAGUCCAAGACUUUGUGCUAUGUGUCCAUUUUGUAAGCUCAAGUAUCGUUUCCCGAUCAAAUGGACCAACAAAUGGUUCGUUUGUAAGUGCAAGAAGAAGUUCAAAACGGUUGAAGUGAGUUCCUCCUCGCCCCAACAGAAGGCAGCCACGAGUAAGAUUCAAGCCACACAUUUCUCUGGGAAGGCAAGCUCUCCUGGUUUGAGCUGUGCUGUGAAGGUUGGUGAGAAGAGACAGAUGAACGAGUGCGGGGAAAGUUACAAUGCUGGAAACUGCAGUGCUCUACACAAGAACAAAAGGGUUACCAGUGAUAGUGGAGAUGCAAGAGAAGAUUCUGAAAGCGUAAAGCAAGUCCAUGUGGUUGAUCUUUCUACUACUGAAGACCCAAUUUCAAAUGCCAUAAACCUGAAUCAGAAGAUGGAUAGGAAUCAAGAUACUCAAGUGGGAACAGUAGUGGAGAACUCUGAAGAUGUUGUUGACAAUAACAGAAGAGGAUUCAAUGAUAAUGGAGAUGCAGGAAGGCAAGAA